AUGCUAGUCCAAGAAUACUUAAGCCUAUUGGAGGAAGCACCUAUGGAGAUACAGAAGACACUCGCGCGCAUAAGUGAAAUGGACCACUCCAUACACCACGAAAGAAAGGAGCUUGAAAGAGAAGUUGAGACCAUUAAUGAAAUACUGCAGGACGCAGAGAAGGGCUCUGAGAAGGAAAGAAUUGACAAACAAUUGCAGCACAUUAAUAGGUGCUACUUGAAGCUACUUGACUCAGAUAAGAAGAAGCUUUCACUGAUUGCAUCACUGCAAAUACAACUGGAAAGUGCGAAAUCCUCAAUAAAGUCAUCUUCAAAUGAGUUUAAAGAAGGCCUCAUUAAGAGCGCAGUCUCCAUGAAGCUAAAGAAGAUUCUCUCCAUGCUUGACUACAAAAUAGAAGAAGACAACAAAGAAGAAGAAAUUCUUUGCUGCACAUGCAAGAGACCCAGUAAAGGGGACAUGAUUGUCUGCGACAAUGCAGAGUGCCCAAUUGAGUGGUAUCACUGCGCAUGUGUUGGAGUAAAGGGCGUUCCAAAGAAAAAAUGGCUGUGCACUCUUUGUACAAAGGAAUAA